CUUUCAGUGAGUAUGUUUUUGAACACGUUAACACCCAAAUUCUACGUUGCCUUGACAGGCACUUCUUCGUUAAUCUCAGGGCUUAUUUUGAUAUUUGAAUGGUGGUAUUUUCGAAAGUAUGGAACUUCCUUCAUAGAGCAAGUCUCUGUGAGUCACUUGCGCCCUCUACUGGGUGGGGUGGACAAUAAUUCCCCCAGUAACUCAAAUACAAGCAAUGGGGACUCAGAUUCAAACCGACAAAGUGUUUCAGAAUGUAAAGUCUGGCGAAAUCCCUUAAAUCUGUUUAGAGGAGCUGAAUAUAACCGAUACACCUGGGUGACUGGAAGAGAACCAUUGACAUAUUACGAUAUGAAUCUUUCAGCACAAGAUCAUCAAACAUUUUUCACAUGUGAUACUGACCAUUUAAGGCCUGCAGAUGCCAUAAUGCAAAAGGCUUGGAGAGAAAGAAAUCCACAGGCCAGAAUUUCUGCAGCACAUGAAGCUUUAGAGUUAAAUGAGUGUGCCACUGCUUACAUUCUCUUGGCAGAAGAAGAAGCAACAACUAUUGUGGAAGCAGAAAAACUGUUUAAACAGGCUCUGAAAGCAGGUGAAGGCUGUUACAGACGUAGCCAACAAUUACAGCAUCAUGGUACCCAAUAUGAAGCUCAGCACAGACGGGACACUAAUGUAUUAGUCUACAUUAAAAGGAGGCUGGCAAUGUGUGCGAGAAAACUGGGGAGAACCAGGGAAGCUGUGAAAAUGAUGAGAGAUUUGAUGAAGGAAUUCCCUCUUCUUAGUAUGUUCAACAUCCAUGAAAAUUUGCUAGAAGCUUUGCUGGAGUUACAAGCAUAUGCAGAUGUUCAAGCUGUUUUAGCAAAAUAUGAUGAUAUAAGUUUACCAAAAUCAGCAACAAUAUGCUACACAGCUGCCCUUCUCAAAGCUAGAGCUGUCUCUGACAAGUUUUCUCCAGAGGCAGCUUCGAGAAGAGGUCUCAGCACAGCAGAAAUGAAUGCAGUGGAAGCUAUUCACAGAGCAGUAGAAUUUAAUCCACAUGUGCCAAAAUAUCUCCUAGAAAUGAAAAGCUUAAUAUUACCUCCUGAACAUAUUUUAAAGCGAGGCGACAGUGAAGCGAUUGCUUAUGCUUUCUUUCACCUUCAGCACUGGAAAAGAGUCGAGGGGGCUCUGAAUCUCUUACAUUGUACGUGGGAAGGCACUUUCAGAAUGAUCCCUUAUCCUUUGGAAAAAGGGCACCUUUUUUAUCCUUAUCCCAUUUGUACCGAAACAGCAGAUAGAGAACUUCUUCCAUCAUUUCAUGAAGUCUCUGUUUACCCCAAGAAAGAGCUUCCAUUCUUUAUUCUGUUCACUGCUGGACUAUGUUCUUUCACAGCUAUGUUGGCUCUUCUGACACAUCAGUUCCCAGAACUAAUGGGAGUUUUUGCAAAAGCAUUUCUUAGUACUCUCUUUGCUCCCUUGAACUUUGUGAUGGAAAAAGUGGAAAGCAUCCUGCCCUCCAGUCUCUGGCAUCAGCUAACAAGGAUCUAAAGGAAAACAGUUCUCAAUGACUGCCAUAUUUUCUGUGCCAACUUCCUGUUGACUACCAGAAAGCAUGAUUUCUUUUUUAAAAGAGAGCCCACGUUAAGCUCCUCAUAAAUUGUCUGUUACCAUAAUUUUUGUUGUACAAAAUACAUUGAUGUUUGAUUCUAUUUUGCUUCCAAAAAACAAAAACUAAAAAAAUAAACUUUUGUG